GUUCCGAAAAUUGCCUCCUUCUUCGACCUGGAAACUACUGUCCUGCCGAACUGGUCAGUAUUCGAUAACUGGGAAUUCGGGAGCAUUCUUGUUUGCCCAAGGAAGCUUGGAGGAGCUCUUAGAAGCUAACUCCACCUUGGUCGACCUCCCAAUCUUUCUUUAAUUCUUCCUUUAAGUCCGUUCGCUGUAAAUGGCAUCACCACUGACGCUGUUCAUUUCUGCCCUUCUUUCGCUGAAAUUGCUUUCCGUCUUUACGAUAUCCUCCAUGGUUAGUUAAUUCUCAAACAUAAUAUCCAGAGGUUUGAUUGUCCCUCGAAUAAGAGAGGCUUUUGCUUGAGAUUUCGGAAAGGCCCUCGCCGGAUGAAGCCUAAGGGCAUUAUCGAUUCUUUAGCUUUGCUGACCCAGGAAAUUUGGAAGGAGAAGCUUGGCGACAUGAAGGGGUCGAGCUCCAGAUGUAUUUCAGAAAAAGUUGGGUUCCCUAAUGCUACUACAAAGUCGAAAAAACUGUUUUGGGUUCUUGAUGCAUGUGAUAACAUUGCACAACAUCUAUGGGGAAUCGGUAGCAGCUCUGAUUGGAGGCCUGUUGUGACAGAAAAACCUGGCUAUUUGAAUUAUCUACGCCAAGGAAUGCACAUACCCACUAUAGUGAAUGGAGAGGUUGCUCAAUAUGCAACAGAGAUAUAUCAGAAAGAUCCCUCUGGAACCACACAAAAACUCGUGUUCAGUAGGUUUGAUGCUGCAGAACUUGAUACCUGGUUCAGUCCAGGGACCCAUAUCGAUGCAUACUUCUCCUUGGAUACAUAUGACUAUCAGCAGAGUGCUGGCAUCCGAUUAGUGGCAAAGAAAUUAUUCAUCUGCAAAGAGUGAAUGAGAAGGUUCUCUAGUGACUAAUCCAUUCUUGACAGUUGCUUGAAAUAUAUAACAGUGACAAUUUAGGUUAGCAUCCAAGUUAAAACAAUUUAAAUUUAUAUUGUUUUUUUAGUGUAGAAUUGGGAUAGAUGUGAAAGCUAUAUUUGACAUUGUUUACUUGUAGCUUGAAAAUUUGUCAAAUUGUAAUGUCUAUUGCAGGGGCUUUGAGCUGACAUGUAAAACCCUAUUCUUUAAUUAAUUUCUCUUCGAAUAUUUCCAGCUUUAA